AUGGCAGCGCGCAUAGUGAAUGCAGCGAAAACGGUGCGAACACACUGGAAAAAGUCUACAUUUGCAGCAGUGUUUGCCACAUGGGGUGUAUACUACCUUCAGGAUAAAUAUAAGGCAAACCUUCUGAGAGAAGAAUUCUGUCGCAGAGCAGUCAUUUAUGGUCAGCAGUCCAUUAAAUAUGCAACAGAGAAACCAAGAAAGGUGACAGUAAUCUUGAAUCCAGCGGCCAGAAAAGGAAAAGCUAAAAAGUUGUUUGAGAAGAACGCCGUUCCUCUGCUACAUCUUGCUGGAAUUGACGUUGAAAUCAUUAAGACUGAGAGUGAGGGGAACGCCAAGGAGAAAGUCAGUUAUGUUGAGUCCACAGAUGCCCUGGUGAUCGCUGGUGGUGAUGGUACGGUUGGAGAAGUCAUUACUGGUCUGCUACGAAGGGAGGAUGAAGCGACGGUCAGUUUAAAAUGGCCUCUGGGAAUCAUUCCGCUGGGUACAACUAACAGCUUAGCCAAGUUCUUAUAUGCAAGUGCAGAGUCAGAUGUGAGGUGGAUGGGUAAUGCAGCAAUGGCAGUCAUUAAAGGAGUAACAGAACCAGUAGAUGUCAUGGCAAUACAGGGAGAAGAUGGACGAAGUGUUUUCACAGUAAACAGUCUAGAAUGGGGACCCCUUCAUGAAGCCAGGGAAAACAACACAAAAUACUGGUACUUUGGCCCCUUAAAAUGGAGACUGACAUAUGUAUUCAACAGCCUGAAAAGUGUUUGGCCACCAGUACUCUCUGCAAACAUUAAACACAGACCUCCCGUUGAUGAAAUUGAACCUGUUAAUGAAGUAGCUACAUCAAUUGGUAUUGACUGGUGGGCAUGGAUACAGAGGUUGAUGAUAUGGAGGACUGCCCCACCCACACAGGAAAAUAAAGAGUUGGAAAAUGAAGAUCCAGAGAUUCAGGGGGAUAAAGAGGAAGAGAUUGAAUGGACAGAGGAGGACUUUGUUACCGUGGAGCUAGUGGUUUCUACCGGGAACACUGAUGAAAUCAAGAAGUCUCCCAGAGCUCUAACAUUGACGACUGGCCCAACUGAAGUAACAAGAACAGAGUUUAUCCAAGAAGGGUGGAGGAGGUUAAGUCCUAGCGAGGAUCAAGACAGCAAAGUUAGCAUUUAUAAAACCCAAACGUCAACGGUUGGGGAGAUCAAAAUCACACCAGUCUUGAAAGAGGGUGAAGAAGCUUGGUAUAGUGUUGACAAUGAGAGGCUAGAAGCUCAGCCAAUCACAGUCCAGCUACUACCCAGGAAACUUCAGUUCUUCACUGAUAGACAAGAUAGAGACAACAUGAUUGGUGAAUCAAAAAGCACAUGACCAACAGCUUAUAGAUUGAUGAUGAAUUGGACAAAAAAGAGAGUCAGUAUUCCAUUCACAGAUUCCACUUCUUAAGAUGCAACAAUUCAUUGAAGAUUCUGUUGACCUGGAAUUGCACAGAGCCUCUGUUGCACCAUGUCUUGGCCUUGGUGCCCCUUUGGAAGUUUCCAACGGAGCAACCUUGAAGAUGGCCUGAUUGGCAGAAAAGGUUUUGUACUUUGUAUAAAUCACUGUAACGUUGGCUGGUGUAUUGAAACUCUCAUAAUAAAACAAAACGACGUAAAUAAGUGGUACUAUGAUCGAAAUAUUGUUUUUAUAUUUCUUAUGUUUCUCAGCAUUCUGAGGCAAAGACAAAGUACCGGUUUUUGUUUCAAUUGACCCCUUGCACGGGCGUCACCAUGGUCACACACGGCGACUGAUGCCACGCUCACUUCACUG